UACUAUGUCUACUUGUCAUGCUAUUAUAUCCAAUUAUCAUUUAAUUAUCACAUUUUGUCAUUAAAUUUGCCUUUUUGUUGACUGUUUGUCCUUCAUUCAAUGGGGUCGUUCCAUCGGCGUUCCAUAUGGACUGAUCACUUGAAAACGAGAAGAGUCUGGGACUAGAAAUCAAGCUUGAUAGAUCACACAAGAUGGCGGCAAGUUGGACGUGUGUUGUGAAAGAGAGGAUCCAAUGCGGACUACUUGAGAUCAUACAGAAGUUAAAUACUAGACAUUUACAGUACCAUGAAGCAGAUUAUCUGUAUUAUAAGCUAGAUAGAUUGGAAACCAUCUUGUCUCAGUAUGCCCAGCUUGCGAACAUCGACGACCGUGUAUUCUGCUGUAUUUCAGAGGUCAAGUAUCUGAUAAGGAAUGAAAUACAGAGAAACGAAGGAAAUGGCGAUGGUUUUCAGUGCGAAAUGGUAUUUAGUGGAGAUCGAGGGCGUCCACGCUAUAAUAUAACCGAAGAACAACUGGAGUAUUUCCUCGAUUUUGGUUUUACAGCAACAGAGAUAUCUGCUAUGUUAGGCGUCAGCGAACCAACAGUCAGAAGACGCCUCCAAGAAUUUGGGUUAAGUAGUAGGAACCUUACAAACAUUUCAGAUGAUGCACUUGAUAGGAUUGUAAGACAAAUUAAGGAAGACUUUCAACAAAGUGGGUACAGGGUGAUACGAGGAAUUUUGCGUGCCAGGGGGUAUCACAUAGCAGAACGCCGUAUAAUGGAAUGUCUGAGACGAGUCGAUUUAGAAGGUGUUAUUUUACGCUCUUUGCAGCUUCAAAUAGUUCAUCGAAGGGAGUACAAAGUGUAUGGGCCGAAUGCUCUGUGGCAUAUCGAUACGAAUCAUAAGUUGAUAAGGCAAGUUUUAAAGAAAUCUCCUGGAGGAUGUUCCUUGGAAUUCUUGGUGAAGGGUGUGCCGCCCGGUUCCCCAAAUCCAAACCCUACAUGUAUUUCAGAGCCAAAAAAUGUCAGUUUCGGUUUCUACACCCGUUUUCAGACAUGGCCUCUGAAAUCCAUAGCCUUUUUUUCGGCCGACAUUAUGUCUUCAGUACUUAAUUUAGAACAACAACACAAAGAUUUCUUACAAUCCAUAUUCACGUAUUCGAAUUUGCAGUCUUUCUUUCUUAGUCAUUUCGAAUUGAAACAACAAAGACAUUCAUACAUGCCUUUAGUUCCCUUUGAACCCCUUCCUGAUUCCAGACCAAAAUAGGAAUAGUGCAUACCCGUUUUCAAACCAAAAUUGGCUCAAAAACUCUGGGGCAGCACAUACCUUUAAGGCUUAUAUUUAACAAUUAUUCCUUGAGUCUGAAUGGGCUGUUUAACAAUUAUUCCUCGAGCCCGAAUGGGUUAUUGAUAAAGAGGCAAUGAGGGCCAGAGGAAAAUUGUUUUAAAAAAAAAAAAAAAAAACAAGUUGGUAAAAAAUAUUGAGACAAAACAACUUUAGCUAGUUAAAGCUAGAUAGCUUUAACAAUAGAAAACAAUAAUAAGAUGAGAGAAUAAGAAAACAAUAAUUGUUGAGCUAAUUAGCACCUGCAUGAAGCACGAAAUUUAAGUUAUGAAAACAAAAUAAUUCAUAUUUAUCAUGAGACAAUAGUUUUGGUGUGUGUAGUUUCAAAUGUAACAUAAUUCACACCUGAACUACCCUUCACUAUGAAGCAGAUCCUUGUCCCUAAUAUACCACUUAACACGCCAACAUUUUUGAUACUUAUAGAUAACCGUGACAACUUAGUCAGCAGCAGUGCACAGGGAAGAGAUCUGUCAAACCAUACGAAUCGCAAAGUCACUUCCCCUUUCCUCUUUACAAUCUUCCACUUUGCCAGCACCAAGUAAGACACAUCACAUGAAAUUGAGGCAACACAUUUAAAUUCACUCUUUCUGGGCAGUGUUAACAUUCCUAUUUCCUGGGAAAGAAAAGGGGUUAAAUGCCAUGGUAAGGCUUCAAUUUGAUCAGUACACUAUUAUCACCAUAAUGUGUUGAUUUUGAUGUUUAAUCAUACUCAAAAUUUUCAGAUGGAGGCUAAUAAUACAUGGUGGCAUAGAUGGCUUUUCUCGUGCAGUAGUUUACCUGGCUUGUCACAACAAUAACCGAGCUGAAACUGCUCUCAGUGAAUUUCUCAAAGCUGUUGAUAAUUUUGGUGUACCCAGUCGAGUGAGGACAGACCAGGGAGUGGAAAAUGUUGAUAUUGCCAGGUACAUGUUGACCCACCCUGAGAGGGGUGAGGGACGUGGCAGUCACAUCACUGGUAAGAGUGUACACAACCAGCGAAUUGAAAGAUUGUGGAGGGAUGUGUAUCAUGCAUGCCUAUUUAAGUACCAUGCUCUAUUCAGGUUCAUGGAGGACAUUGGUGUACUUGAUGUUGAAGAUGAGGUCCACUUGUUUUGUCUUCACUAUGUCUUUAUUCCACGGAUCAGAAAUCACCUUUCAGAGUUUGCCAGGGGAUGGAAUAAUCAUGGAAUGUCAACAGAAAGAAAUAAGACACCAAUGCAAAUUUGGGUACAGGGGAUGUUCAACUUGUCAAACAGCAACCACAGAUCUGCGAGGGAGUUCUGGGAGCCAAGAGCAAAUGUAAGUCUGCAGCUGCUGCAUUAUUGUUGACCUUGUAUUGUUCUUCAAAAUUAUAUAUGGAACAUUAAUGCAGAAAUUAUAUUAAUUCCUAUCUAUGAUGUUCCAAUAAUACCAUAGUUACCUUUAUACCUGUACUUCCAUUUUUCUAGCCACUUAUUGAUAUGAAUAAAGACAGUAGAGAUUUGGUGAAAAAAUUGGGAGGGAGGGGGGGGGUCAUCGCUGGAUGAAUGUGCCAAUGUGGUAUUUCAAACCCCAUUACCUUGAACGAUUGUAUUUUUCACUACAGGAAGAGUUCAAUGCCUAUGGAGUAGACUGGAAUGGACCUGUGCCUUCUCUUGAGUUUGGAAGUUUACUAGACAAUGAUGUGGAAGGAAUAGAAGUGCCUGACAUUAUGGUUCCAUUCUCACUGCAGACAGUGUCAACCACUUUGAAUAGGAUCAACCCAUUGGGGAGAAGUAAUAACUAUGGCAUAGAUUUAUAUCAAAUGGCAUUGAGUUUGCUCAGAAAUAGAGGCAAUAUUUGAAUCCUUCCUCCUUGACAUUCAGUUAGUUUUAUCUGCCUAUUUUGUGAAAACUUUGCACCAUGAAAAGUAUUAACAAAGUCAAAGUCAUUUUUUGUGACACCACGCCUUGUGAAAGAAAACGUGAUCAUUUUAUUCAAUCAUCAUUAAGAGAAAAGGCUGUUAAUUUUUAAGCAAGCACUCCUACCACUGUACCACUGCAAAUGGCUCAAUCAUUAUAAAUCAUUACAGAAAUAGGAUAUGCAACUUUGAACUUUUUGCAUAAUCAAAAGAAACUUCAACUUUACAUGAAGCAAUUUUACAUGUUGGGUGGACCAUAUAACCAAACAGUACUACUUAAAAGAUGCUGUUUUCAUAAACAGCUAGGUCAUUUUCAGCUGGUACAUGUACAUACACCAUGGUCAAUCAAAUCAAACCCCCAUGUCAAAAGUUAAUUGGGAAAGCUAUGUGGGAAGAAUGAAACAACACAAAUUACUUGCAGGAAAAUGAAAUUUAUGUCCUACUUUUCUGGUGGUACUAUUCUAACAUUGCCACAAUAAAACCCUUUGUUUUGUGCUGCAACAGAUUAUCUUAAGCUACUUUAGUGUUUAAGACAUAUUUUGGUUGGAAAAGGAAAACCCUUUGCAUUCUAUACAUUCUUAGGAAUCCGUGUAUAACAACAAUAGGGAACUUAAGCAAAGACGUUUUUGAGCGACGCAUGUCGACCGGAAGU